GGCUAUAAUCUAAAUUAUGUAAUUGCAUGCUAUUGUCACUGAUGAAUAUACUUUUUAGUUAGUUUAAUUAGUUUUUGAAUUGUAUGAUAACUAUAUUACGUUAAAAUUCUAAUAGGGAGUUUAGGUUUAUAAGAAGAUGAACAUAAUAAUUUCUGAAAAUUAAGAAGUAAUGGAUAAGUGUGUAUGUGAUUAAUGUUAAAUAUAAAUAAAAUUAUUUUUAAUGGCUUUGGAGCUGAAAUCAUAAAUUUUGUGACUUAACUCUUGACUGAAUUUUAUACAUGCUGUUAACUUUUGAAUUCGAGAUAAAUAAUAAUUUCAAAAUUCUUGCCUCUCAAAUCAUCACAUCAAUAGUUUCUAAACCCUAAAAACAUUUAAUUUCUCUUUUGUAUCCUACUUACAAUCGAGAGUGAAAAUUAUACAUCAUAUAAACUACAAAAUAUGUAAUGUUAUACAGCAUGAGAUCGGAUCGAAUUUGGAUGUAUGAAGGCAGAAUGAGGAACGGAAUUAUUACGCCAGAGUUUGUGGUACAUGUAGAAGAAUUCAUUCAGUUUGCACAACGACAUCCUGACUGCUUAAGCGGUGGAACACACAUUAAGUGUCCUUGUACUCGACGAAAGUGUCAGAAUAAGAAUUAUGAAGAUUUUGACACCGUGAGGGUCCACCUUUAUAAGGAUGGUUUUGUUGAAGACUAUUAUGAUUGGAUUUAUCACGGCGAGCGUGCGAGUAGUACUGUUAGACGGGAAGAAUUUGCGCCUGAAACUCAUGAUGAACCAGAUAACGUAAUGGUAGAUGAUGUGAACAUCACUUCUUACCACAAAAUGAUCGUAGAUGCAGCCGGGCCUGAUUUCAAUCCAAAUGAAACAGAAGAGCCUCCAAAUGCUGAAGCUCAAAAGUUUUAUGAUAUGAUGCGAGCUGCUGAUAAAGAGAUAUUUCCUGGCAAUAAGAGACAUUCUCAAAUGUCAGCAGCUGUUCGAAUGUUAGAAAUGAAGUGCAGACAUCACUUAUCAGAGUCUGCUUAUAAUGACUUGAGUGAAUUCCUCCAAGAAGUUCUGCCAGAGGAUAACUCGAUGCCAAAAGAUUUCUAUAAUACGAAGAAGCUGGUGAAAGGGUUGGGUUUACCUGUUGAAGUGAUUCAUUGUUGCUAUUAUAAUUGUAUGAUUUUUUGGGGUGCAGACAACGAAUUGAACUGUUGCAAAUUUUGUGGGGAAGAAAGGUAUCAAUCUCGAAGGGAAGGAUCUACUAAGCGCAAAUUGAAUGUAACGAGAAAAAAAUGCAUUAUUUUCCUCUCACGCCCAGACUACAGAGAUUAUAUGCAUCGCGUGCUACGGCUAGUGAGAUGAGAUGGCAUGGUGAACAUGAAAUGGAGGAUGACAAAAUGUGUCACCCAUCAGAUUCCAAGGCUUGGAAACAUUUUGAUCAGUGUCAUCCACAGUUUGCAUUAGAAAUUCGAAAUGUCAGACUUGGAUUAUGCACUGAUGGGUUUCAGCCGUUCGGUCAGUCGGGACAACAAUAUUCUCUAUGGCCUGUGGUUGUCACUCCUUAUAAUUUGCCACCAGGAUUGUGUAUGAAGGAGGAAUUUAUGUUUUUAACAAUUCUAGUCCCAGGGCCAUAUAAUCCAAAAUCAAACAUGGAUGUUUUCCUUCAGCUGUUGAUAGCAGAAUUCAAUUCCUUAUGGAGUAUAGGAGUGCAGACUUAUGACAUUUCAAAGAGGCAAAAUUUUACAAUGCGAGCGGCUUUAAUGUGGACUAUCAACGACUUUCCCGCGUACGGAAGGCUAUCUGGAUGGAGUACCUCAGGCAGAUUAGCUUGUCCAUACUGUAUGGAAGAUACGGAUGCCAAAACGCUUAAAAUAAGUGGAAAACAAUCUUGGUUUGACAACCAUAGAAAGUUUUUACCCCCUGACCAUAUCUACCGUCGAAAUACCAAUUCAUUCACAAAAAAUACUAAAGUUACAAAAGUAUUUCGUGGUGUGAAAUCUGGAGAAGAGAUUCUCAAUAAUAUUAAUGGAAGAGGGUUCAUGAAAGUAACAGAAGACUGUGCAGAAGCGGUUAAUGCUAUAAGAUCUAAAAAUUGUGGAUGGCAUAAAAAAAGUAUAUUUUGGGACUUGCCAUACUGGAGCACCAAUUUAGUUCGGCACAAUCUGGAUGUCAUGCAUAUCGAAAAAAAUGUGUUUGAUAAUAUUUUCAACACUGUGCUUAAUAUUGCUGGAAGGACAAAAGACACUGCAAAAUCAAGAGACGAGUUCAAUGAUAUUUGUCGUCGUCCUGAAUUAGCAAUGAAUCCCGAUACUGGGAGGUAUCCAAAGGCUUCUUACGUCUUAGAUCGACCACAAAAACAAUUGUUGUUUGAAUGGGUGAAAGAUCUUAAGUUUCCUGAUGGUUACGUCUCCAAUAUGGGAAGAUGCGUGGACUCGAAGAAACUGAAGAUGUUUGGCAUGAAAAGUCAUGACUGCCAUAUAUUUAUGCAGCAACUUUUGCCUAUUGCGUUUCGAGAACUAUUGCCAAAAAGUGUAUGGGAGCCUAUAACACAGCUGUGUUUGUUUUUUAAGGAGUUGACUGCAUCAAAUUUAAAGGUGGAAGAUAUGGAGCUCUUGGACAAACAAAUUCCCAUCAUAUUAUGCAAGUUAGAGCGUAUAUUUCCACCUAAUUUUUUUGACUCGAUGGAACAUCUUCCUGUGCACCUUGCAUAUGAAGCUAUGUUGGCAGGUCCAGUGCAUUACCGCUGGAUGUAUCCGUUCGAAAGAUACUUAAGGAAGGUUAAAAGGAAAAUAACGAAUAAAUACCGAGUGGAAGGCUCUAUCAGUAAAGGUUAUGUGUUGGAGGAAGCAGCAAAAUUUGCCUCUUUUUAUUUUAAAGAAGGUGAUCCAACUGUUUCGAUAAAUUUGCCGAGGAAUGAAGUGGUUAUGGACGAUGAUGAAGAUGUAGAUAGACUUUCAAUUUUUAAAUAUCCUGGAAAACAAAUCGGCGCUAUUCAGACAAGGAGGUAUCUGCCAGAUAUUGAAUAUGCCGCUGCUCGAGUCUACAUCUUAUUGAACUGUCCGAAAGUGGAGCAGUUUGUAGGUAUGUAUACUGGUGAAAUACGAGCCCGUACGCCUGGCAUAUCUGAGGAAAUGGUUGCAUCUUGUCUGGAGAAAGAGUUUGCAAUAUGGUUUGAAAAAUAUGUAAGUGACCCAACGAACAACAUAUCAAAUCCGUAUAUUCAAAGUCUUUCUCAAGGUCCUCUUAGACAAGUCAAAACGUUUAAUGGUUAUUAUGUUAAUGGGUUCAAGUUUCAUACUCGAUCUCAUGACUCUGGUCGUGCAACAUUCAAUAGCGGUGUGUGCAUCAAAGCCAGUAAUUAUGAUGCAGCUACGAGCGAUUUUUAUGGCAUUGUUACUGAGAUUUUGGAGUUAGAGUAUCGGGCACUACCAUUAAAAACCACUAUGCUAUUCAUGUGUGAUUGGUUUAAUCCUACUCCAAAUGUGGGAAUGAUAGAGCAUAUGGGAUGUAAUAUCGUUGAUGUUCAUCGCAAUAAAAGAUACAACAAGUAUGAACCGUUUGUUCUAGCGGCACAAGCAUGCCAAGUUUAUUAUUGUGAAUAUCCAGGAGCAAAAAGAGAUAGGAUUAAUUGGUUGGCAGUAUGCAAAAUAAAAGCAAGAUCAGAUAUUGACUUUCCAGAAAGUUCAAACACUGAUUCAAUGCUUCCUCCAUUUCAAGAAGAUUCAGAUAGAAGUCGCCUUAAUGUUAUUGCAGAUGGCGAAGCUGUUAAUUUGAUUGACCCUGAUGAACAUGAGGAGGAUAUAGAUGAAACUGAGAUUGCAGAAGAAGAUAUUGAAUUGGUAACUUCAUCGGAAGGAGAAGAGGACACCAAUUAAUGAUGAAUAAUAUUUAUUUUGAACUCAUUGUGUUAGGCAAUUAUUUUUGUUCAAUUUUUUUAAUCCAAUAAAGCAAAGUAAUUACUUUCCAUAGUUGUAUUCAUUAUUUUUAUACUUAUUUUAUUGUUAAUGUGUUUAGAAAGGAUAUGGUUUGUAUAUUGAAGUGUUUGAAAGUGAUUAGCGUGCUCUCAAUUAAUUAUGUUUUUUUUUAUAUUUAAUUUUUUUCCUUCAGUUAAAUUAUUACAUGUAAUUUUUUUAAU